GACAAGGAGUCAAAGAGUCCGUGACGCCCCCCUCUGCUCUGAACUGUUUCAUUUCUCAAGAAAAGAUACUUAACCCUCAGUAUAUAAAACGCAGCCCAGCUCAGGCUAUCGCUCAUCAGGGCAGCUGAGAACAUGGGUCUGUUGACGUACACACUACUUGGAGCAGCCGGUGCAGUGGUUGGGGGUCCACUUGUUCUGGCCGGCAUUGGUUUCACCUCCGCUGGAAUAGCAGCGGGCUCCUACGCUGCCAGCAUGAUGUCUGCUGCUGCAAUUGCUAACGGAGGAGGGGUGGCGGCGGGGAGCACGGUGGCUGUGUUGCAGGCGGCAGGUGCAGCUGGCCUGUCAGGAGCUGCCAGUGCAGCUUUGGCCGGCGCUGGAGGAACACUCGGAGGGCUUGUUGCACUCAUCAUCUGAAAAUCAUGAAGGAAAACCAUCUGUUUGCAAUAUCUUUUUCUUUUGCCAAAUUAAGCAAGUAAUAAAAUUAAAUGGUAUCAACUCUCUUAGUGAACAGCACUUUUGUCGUGUCAGACAACUGAAAUGUUUUGGGCAAUAAAUCUUUUAAAUCUCUG